CGCCUGCUCGAUCCCUUCACGGCGGACAGAUCACGCCGGCGGCCGACCGGUCGAUCGGUCGCGUCGUUCUUGUGUGUACAUGGACGGUGAGUGGAGCGACGGGGCUGUGACGUCGUCGCCGACGAUGUCCGGCGGCGGGGUGCAGAAGGCCGGGGAGGGCGUCGUUGUUGCUGCGGUGGAUUGCCCCGGGUCGCCGGUGUCACCGUCACCAGCCGCUCAACGGUCGGCGGCGGGGGCGGCGGCGUCGCCUAGUGGGAGGCCGAGGCGGUCGGCGCAGAAGCGGGUGGUGACCGUGCCGCUGGCCGACGUGAGCGGGCCGCGGCCGAAGGGCGUCGGGGAGGGCAACACGCCGACCGACUCGUGGGCGUGGCGGAAGUACGGGCAGAAGCCCAUCAAAGGCUCACCUUUCCCAAGGGCUUACUACCGGUGCAGCAGCUCGAAGGGGUGCCCGGCGAGGAAGCAGGUGGAGAGGAGCCGGGCCGACCCGGAAACGGUGAUCGUCACCUACUCCUUCGAGCACAACCACUCCGCCAUGGCGCCGAGGGCGCAGAACCGACAGGCCGCGGCGCCGCAGAAGCCCAAGGCGCCGACCUGCCGUCCGCCGGAGCCAGUGUUAGAACCUGAGGAAACGCACCACGGCAUCCCCGCCGGACCUGCUGCCGGCGGUGGCCCGGCGGCCAUCGAGGUGCGCGAUGAGUUCCGGUGGCUCUACGACGUCGUGUCCGUCACCUCGUCAACCUCGCCCUCCGACAUCGACGCGGCCGACGAUAUGCAGCUAUACGAUCAGCCGAUGUUCUUCGGCGGCGCUGUCGUCGACACGGCCGCGGUCCUCCCCGACGAGUUUGGCGACGCCGUCGGCGGGUUAGGCGGGGAGGUGCUAGGCGAGGAGGAGGCGAUGUUCGAGGGGCUCGGCGAGCUGCCGGAGUGCGCCAUGGUGUUCCGGCGGCACGCCGGCGAUGGGCUGGCGAUGGCAGGAGGGGUUAAGGUUGAGCAGCCGGCGGAGAGCACUGCCAUGACAUGAUGCCUGACAGACAGGUGGGCCCGGUCCGGCCUCCAAUAAGACCAGACAAGCUCUUGUAGUUUUUGGCCUCCUGUUCACUUGCCAAUUGUCGGUUAGUAUUUUUUCCCCUCCUUGUUUUGUUUUUGUUUUUUACAAUAGCACACAGAAAUAUUCGAUAUAGUAUGAGUACUAUUGGACAGUGUUGAUUGGAGGAAGAAUUGAGAGAGACAAGUCAUCUUGUCAAUGGUUUGGUUGAAGAUUUUUGUUUUCUCCUUUGGCACCAUCAAUGGAUACAUACAUAAAUAAAUAUCAGAGAAAAAAAUACAUAAGAAUUGGAACUCCAUCUUUUGCUCU